AUACACAUACAUACUGUGAAUAUACAUGAAAAUAUAUUUAGUAAAGUUGUAAAAUGGUCAGGGCACGGGGUAAAUCACCUGGGGAACCCGUAUAUCAAAUGAUAUCCGAGAAAGAGAUGGAGGAACGGGAAGUCAAGUAUUUGCAACGAUUGAACGAUAAUCGAGUGUGCGGUUCCUUUGUCAAGGCUGCCGCCGAGCAAUUUAGUCUGCUUCUGUCUGAGCAAGUCAGGGAAAAUCGCUGGGAGACCUACCUAAGCUGCAAUGGUUUACCAAAUCCCAAAUCUCCUGCCGAAAUGCGUCAUUUUCUUGAAAGGAUUAGAACUUUUCAGAAAAUCGAUGUGGACGAUACGGUGGAUUGGACAUUGUCAGUAGAUGAGCGCAGCUUACUUACCCAGGACAUAAGACGCACGGAUAAGUCGCGUAAAACCCUACGGAAGUCAUGCCCCAACAUUGGAAUGUCCUUCGAACGCGACGUCAAUAUGUGUUUAGAGACACUGCGAAACAUAGAUCGGCAGCUGGCCAAUGAAGUUGAAAUGGAGGAAAUCGACAUUAAUACGCAAAUGGAGAUAAUUACGGUGCGAUCGGAAAUUGCGAAAGAACUUGAUACCAUGUUUGAUCGCCUAACCUAUCGUGUUGCACGAACCGAUGGAGUUUUUACGAGUUCAUACGAUGACAUUGUUGCGCAAUAUGUGUACAAGGGUAAGGAGUUUGAAUUGCAAAUCUGGAGUCUACGAAAUGUGCCCAUUCGUUUUCAGCACAUGGAAUAUCCUCUGCUGAUGGCCGAAUUAGAGGGUAUUGAUGCGCGCGUACAAAUGCCACUCAGUGUCCUCAUGGAUAAUCUAACCCUCCGUUGUGUCCACACCCAUUUCGAUGUAAACACCGAAAAUGCGAAGAGCUAUGAGUGCGUUAUAACGGAAGAGCAAGACCUGAACGCGGGCAUUUUGGACAUUGAGGACUGUCUUGUGAAUGAAUGGUUAAUGCAAUUGGAGAUACAGGAGGAUAUUAUCGCAAAAUUGCUGGCAAAACGGGCACUGUUUGAGGAGAUAAUGGUCGGUAUUAACGAGAAGGCAGCGCAAGCGGCCAAGGAGGCAAAAGGUGAGGGUAAAGUGUCAAAAACAAAUGUGCCGAAGACGCCAAAAGAGCCGCAAGGUAUACCACCGGGUAUGGUGCCCGAUACUUAUGGCUUGUUUUUGGUCCGCGAGCAAAAACAGUAUAUGGAGUUCUUGGAUGAUAUUUUUCAUCCGGAGAAACUGGCGCUAAAGCACUAUGAAAUUAAUCUCAGAAAAUACAUUAUACUAGGUGGAAAUUAUUCCUUUUUUUUUGUGCGGCGGCCUGGGCACACAUCGUUUGAGAAGUUCAACAUAACGCUGCACGAAGAUGGUCGUAUUUUGUAUACCAUGUCGGACAUUGUCGCUAACUUGGGGGACGGUGAGGAUGAGGAAUCUCGCUUGGGUCCCUUACUGGGUGAUACGGUUGGUGGGGUUCCAGGUACCCAACGCAGUCGUAGCCGCAUAGAGACGAAAUCUAAGUCACGAUUGCAGCUGCGUCCAGAUGCGGAACCGGGCACAAAAAUUAUCUUAAAUGAGGAUGAUCUACCAUUUUUCCAUGUCACCAUUAAGCUGCCAAAGCAUUUGUGCCUGUGGGGUUUGCCGGUGGCUUGCCAAUACAUGACAGAGUUCGAGCCACUGGAUGUGCAUCGGAGCGAGAUUCAGGUUGCUGAAAUUGUUCCACAGAAGAAGAAAGGUGGAAAGAAAGGGGCGAAGAAAGGGGCAGAUGAAAAGGAUGCGGUUUCAAUGACUCCAGCACUCCAAAAGGAAACUGACAAUGAUCAGCGCCCCCUCCGUUUCUCGCAAAUCCAACGACCAGAAUCUCGACCCUCAAAUAUUUUCCGCUCUACGCUUUUGACCAUGUUGCGUCAUAGUAGAUUGGCAGAUCGUCAAAUAUCAAUAGUGCCACUGUCUGAUUUUAAUCUUGAGGAACAGCUUGGAAAAACAAAGAUACGAAAUCUUGAACGACAUUGUGUGCCACGCAUAAUAUCUUCAUUUAAGUUUCCGAUGGAGUUCAGAGAGCAGCUCCAAAUGUUGGAUGAAGAGCUCAAAUCGAAGACAAAUAGGUUACUACGUCGCCCCGUCGAAGAAGACGUUAACUUGACUGCUGACGUUCGCCAAUAUACGUUUGAUUACGAGGAGCAACAGGGUCCAGAGCGAAUGUUUCCCGUGUUCGACUAUUUCGAGCCCAUUUUAUAUCCCGAAGAGGCAGUCCAUGCGAACAUGGAGGACGAAGGUACCCUGUACGGUCUGCUGACUAAGUUGGAUAACAUUAAGUCACAAUAUGUGACAAACUAUAAGAAUGUUAUGAAUCAACCUGUUUUCGAGCCCAAACGACGUGCUAAAAAGGAGAAGGAUGUCACAAUGGAGGAGCCCCAAUCGACAAAAACAAGGUCGCGUAGCUCUACCAAAGGAAGAGAUUCAACUCGGUCUCGAAGCAAGCACAAAAUGCAAGAACCUAGUAUACAUACUUUGAUGUAUGGGUCGAUUAUGAAUCUUAGUACUACGAAUAUAGGCGCGAUCGAAUCGGUGAAAUCAAAUAUUCUAGAUCCAGAAAGCGUGAGUAUGCACUCUAGACUCUCGGUAUUAUCUGAAUAUGAAAUGCACGACGAGCCGCCCAAGAUUGAGGUCACACACUGGACUACGGAGCAUAUAUUUGAUACGAAAUUCAACACGGAGGAACAAACGAUUACCAUUAAAACGGAUCGUUUGGGCAUUUUUGGAUUUGCCUACAAGCGAUACGAUCAUUUUCCAUUUCGGGACUGGAGUUUGCAACCGAGCGAUGAAAAUCCCGAUGAGAUUAUAUUUACAUUGGACACCUUUCAUGUGCGUGUCAUUCUGUAUGUCUCGGGUAAGGGAGUUCGUGGUUAUGCCACAGACCUCUCAAAAGAAUAUGUGGCGAAGCCGGUACGAUAUUUAGAUAUUGAACAGCCCGUAUCGGACUUUCAGGAGCUGCGCAUGCGUUUCUGGAAUAGAAACAUCAACAUCUUUGCGGAACACGACGCCUGCUAUUAUAUCGACAAUGGUUACUUCUCCAUUAAACAUUUGGCCACAGCGGAGCAUACCUACGAUGUGAUGGCCUUGCACUGCAAGCUCAUUAAGUUCUAUCGUUCGAGUUGGAAUCGUUUGGCGACGAGACGUGAUAUAAUUAUGUGCAUGAAGGGCGCCAAGGAUACAUCCGAAUUGUCUGAGGUCACCAUACGGGUUGAGCCCGAAUGUACCACAUUUGUAGAAGUACAUGAGCUUUGUUCGGAUGAUUUGAACGUGUUUAAAUUAAAAUAUUCACCCACGUGGCGUAACAUAGGCACCUAUUCGGAUGCGCAUCAGGCCAUAGUUUCUAUGUUUCCACAAGCAACCGAUGUGCGCAACAAAGAUGCGCUCUUAAUUUUUCAACUCAAACGACUUUUGAGCGCCGUAGCCCCAUUAUGUUUCUCAUAGUAGUUUUAUAGUAAUAAUAAUAAUAACAACUUCAACAUGUAUGCUAAUCAAAAAAAAUGUCAAAUUUGUUCAUUAAAAAAAAUACA